AUGAACACCCAGCCUCAGACCCGCUCACCGCCCAGCAGAACAGUGCCAAUACAUUGCACAGACAACUGGAAGAGGAGGAAGGUUUUGGAACAGAGUCCGGUUUACAGGUCCCUGGCUGGAAGAGGCUGGAUAAAAUACUGCAUUUUUGCAGCGGGGCCUCGACCUGCCCAUCACCAGGGAGGAUUCAGACCUAUACAGUUUUUUCAGAGGCCUCAGAUACAGCCUCCAAGAGCUACCAUCCAGAACAGCAGUCCUUCCAUCCGUCCUGGUGCGCAAACGCCGACUGCAGUGUAUCAAACCAACCAACACAUCAUGAUGGUUAAUCAUCUGCCAAUGCCCUACCCGAUGCCUCAGGGCCCCCAGUACUGUAUACCACAGUAUCGGCACAGUGGCCCUCCGUACGUUGGGCCCCCGCAGCAGUAUCCUGUUCAGCCGCCAGGACCAGGACCCUUUUAUCCAGGACCAGGUCCUGGAGAAUUCCCCAAUGCCUACGGAACACCUUUCUACCCAAGUCAGCCAGUGUAUCAGUCAGCACCCAUCAUAGUGCCUACACAGCAGCAGCAGCCUCCACCAGCUAAAAGAGAGAAGAAAACGAUCCGAAUCCGGGAUCCAAACCAGGGGGGCAAAGAUAUAACAGAAGAAAUAAUGUCUGGAGGGGGCAGCAGGAACCCAACGCCUCCCAUCGUGAGACCCACUUCCACACCUACUCCACCUCAGCAGCUGUCCAGCCAGGUCCCCGAGCACAGCCCUGUGGUUUAUGGGACUGUGGAGAACACCCAUCUCGCUGCCAGCACCCCUGUCACUGCGACUAGCAACCCGAAGCAAGAAGAGAAGCCAAAACCAGAUCCAGUAUUAAAACCACCUUCUCCAGUCCUCAGACCAGAACCUACUGGGGAGAAAAAAGAUCAAGCUGGCCAGACGACCGAGGCCACCUCAGUGGAAACCCCACCAGAACUUCCUCUUGCUCCAUCACCAACCCCGGCUGCUCCCGUCGCAGUUGUUGCUGCUGCUGCUGCUGUUGCCGUUUCUAGUAAAUCCACAUUCACAGCUGACUCAGAGGAGAAAUGUGAACUGGCUUCCCCAAAAGAGGAGGCAAUGCCUAUAUCUAAUGCCGCACCCUGCACGGACACAUCAGACCCUUCGCCAGCGGAAGAGGCUGAUGCCGAGGUGUGCAAGGAGCCUAGUAGUGUAGCAUCUAGUGAUAUUCCAGUGACUGCUAGUACUAAUCUAAUUAAUGAAAUGAACGGAGUUAGUGAAAAAGUAACUGCUGCAGAGACCGUAGUAGAUGUAGCCCAGACGGAAGUUGCGCCAUUGACUGUUGAGUUGGAGACACCAGAAGCACCUCCAGCAGAAGUGGAAAGCGUGCCAUCUUCCAGUGCUCUUCACGCUGCUCCUUCUCCUCCUCCCACCCCACCUCACACCACUCCACCUCCUUCUCCUCCUAUUUCUGUUGCUGCUGCUGCUGUUACCACUACAACUCCUUCUCCACCUCCUCUUCCAUCUCCUAGUGCCCUCCCUGUUGUUCAGGGAGAUUUAGAAGGAGAGGAGAGCACAAGAACUACUCUUAAUGAAGAGGUAAAAGAUACUGAAAAGAAGGAAGAGACAGAAGCAGAUGGGCAACUGGAGGAGAGCACGGAGGCUCAGAGUUUAAACUCGAGCAAGAGUCCUGUCCCAGCCCAAACAGCUGUAACUGCACCAAAGACGUGGAAGAAACCAAAAGACCGGACCCAAGCCACUGAGGAGGUGAUAGAGGCAGAAACAGAGCCUAAAGUAGAAGAGGAACUUUCAGGUGACAAAGUACUUGAAUCUGAACAGGAGAAAAUGAGCCACGGGUUUCAACUGGAGAGAGACCCCUCUGAACUCAAAAAAGCGAAACCUGUGGAAGAAAACGGAGAGCAGGAAGCAGAACCUGUGCGAAACGGUGCCGAGAGCGUUUCAGAGGGAGAGGGAACUGAUGCAAACUCAGGCUUCACAGAGAGCUCCAGCGAAGGGCCAGUGUACCAGUAUAAACCAGAGCAGUGGAAGCCCCUGGACCCGGAGGGGAAGAAGCAGUACGACCGGGAAUUCCUACUGGAUUUCCAGUUCAUGCCUGCCUGUAUCCAAAAGCCGGAGGGGCUGCCUCCCAUAAGUGAUGUGGUUCUCGACAAGGUGAGAGGAGAGCCAAUAAAACAGGUCAAUCAGCCGAAAUUGCCACUGAGAACUCUGGACCCUCGGAUACUGCCUCGAGGACCAGACUUCACACCAGCCUUCGCUGAUUUUGGGAGGCAAACCUCUGGUGGAAGAAACGUAUCUGGAAGUUUGUUGAAUGUUGGACCGAGGAGAUCUCAGCCAGGCCAGAGGAGAGAGCCCAGGAAGAUCAUCACUGUGUGUGUGAAGGAGGACGUCCACCUGAAGAAGGCAGAGAACGCCUGGAAGCCGAGCCUGAAGAGAGAAAACCAAACUGAGGACCCGGAAAAUGUCAAAACUCAGGAGCUGUUCCGCAAGGUACGAAGCAUCUUGAACAAGCUGACGCCCCAGAUGUUCAAUCAGCUCAUGAAGCAAGUGACAGACCUGACGGUAGAUACAGAAGAGAGGCUGAAAGGAGUCAUCGACCUGGUCUUUGAGAAGGCUAUCGAUGAACCGAGCUUCUCGGUGGCCUAUGCCAACAUGUGCAGAUGUCUUGUAACGCUGAAAGUGCCCAUGGCAGACAAACCUGGGAGCACAGUAAAUUUCCGCAAGUUGCUGUUAAAUCGCUGCCAGAAGGAAUUUGAAAAGGACAAGGCUGACGACGAUGUCUUUGAAAAGAAGCAGAAAGAACUUGAAGCUGCUACCACUCCAGAGGAGAAGACGCGGCUCCAUGACGAGCUGGAAGAGGCCAAGGACAAAGCCCGACGGAGAUCCAUUGGGAAUAUAAAAUUCAUUGGCGAGCUUUUCAAGCUAAAAAUGCUGACGGAGGCUAUCAUGCAUGACUGCGUGGUAAAGCUGCUGAAAAACCACGAUGAGGAGUCCCUCGAGUGCCUUUGCCGCCUGCUAACUACCAUUGGCAAGGACCUGGACUUUGAGAAAGCAAAGCCUCGCAUGGACCAGUAUUUUAAUCAGAUGGAGAAGAUUGUGAAAGAGAGGAAAACAUCUUCAAGGAUUCGGUUCAUGCUUCAGGAUGUAAUAGACCUAAGGCUGUGCAACUGGGUGUCACGGAGAGCAGACCAGGGCCCGAAGACCAUCGAGCAGAUUCAUAAAGAAGCCAAGAUUGAAGAGCAAGAAGAACAGAGGAAGGUCCAACAACUCAUGACCAAAGAGAAGAGGAGACCGGGUGUCCAGCGGGUCGAUGAAGGCGGUUGGAACACUGUGCAGGGGGCAAAGAACAGCAGAGUGCUGGACCCCACCAAGUUCCUUAAAAUCACCAAGCCCACAAUAGAUGAGAAAAUUCAGCUUGUGCCUAAAGCCCAGUUGGGCAGCUGGGGAAAGGGCAGCAGUGGUGGAGCAAAGGCAAGCGAGAUGGACUCCUUACGACCAAGUGCCACUAGUUUGAACAGAUUUUCUGCACUGCAGCCUCCGGUCUCAUCUGUGUCUGCCUCAUCCGCAUCCUCAGAAUUAGAUUCUCGCAGGGCCUUAACUAGUCGCGGGAGCACGGGCAGGGAGAAGAAUGACAAACCUCUCCCACCUUCCCUCUCCCGUCCCAACACCUUCCUACGGGGCAGCAGCAGUAAAGAGCUGCUGCUCGACAAUCAGGCACAAGAGGAGCAGCGGAGGGAGAUGCUGGAGACAGUGAAGCAGUUAACAGGCGGCAUGGAGAUGGACAGAAACAGCACAGAGGCAGAGAGGAACAAAGCCAAGGAAUCUGCCAAGCCAGAAGCUCCCCCAGCUCCAGCGCAAGAAAAGCCUUCACUAUCAGAAGAGGAAAUAGAGAGAAAAUGCAAAUCUAUCAUUGAUGAGUUCUUGCAUAUUAAUGAUUUUAAGGAAGCAAUGCAGUGCGUGGAGGAGCUGAGCGCCCAGAAUCUGCUGCCUGUUUUCGUGCGAGUGGGAGUGGAGUCGACGCUCGAGAGGAGUCAGAUCACCAGGGAUCACAUGGGCCAGUUAUUACAUCAGUUGGUGCAGUCGGGAAAGCUGAGCAAGCAGGAUUUCUUCAAGGGCUUUUCAGAUACCUUGGAGAUGGCGGACGAUAUGGCCAUAGAUAUACCCCAUAUUUGGUUGUACCUAGCUGAGUUGGUGACCCCCAUGUUAAAAGAAGGAGGAAUCUCUAUGAGAGAACUUAUACAAGAAUUUAGCAAACCUUUGCUUCCUGUGGGAAGAGCCGGCGUCUUGCUUGCUGAAAUCUUGCACCUUCUAUGCAAACAAAUGAGCCAUAAGAAAGUGGGAGCCUUAUGGAGGGAGACUGGCCUCAGUUGGAAGGACUACUUACCCGAAGGGGAGGAUGUACAUACCUUUCUCAUGGAACAAAAGUUGGACUUCACGGAGUCCGACUGUUCCAGUUCCUCAGAAGCACUUUCAGAGAAAGAACUCUCUGCGGAAGAGCUGAACAAGCAGCUAGAAAAACUCAUUGUUGAGGACAAGGCGAAUGAUGAACAAAUCUUUGACUGGGUAGAGGCUAAUCUAGAUGAAAGCCAGAUGAGUUCACCUACAUUCCUUAGAGCUUUAAUGACAGCAGUUUGUAAAGCAGCUAUUAUAGCGGACUCUUCUAGCUUCCGUGUGGACACUGCUGUUAUCAAACAGAGAGUGCCGAUCUUACUCAAGUACCUAGACUCAGACACAGAGAAGGAACUACAAGCACUUUAUGCACUACAAGCAUCAAUAGUAAAACUUGAUCAACCUCCUAAUUUGUUGCGGAUGUUUUUUGAUUGCCUGUAUGAUGAGGAGGUAAUAUCAGAGGAUGCCUUCUACAAGUGGGAAAGCAGCAAGGACCCAGCGGAGCAGAACGGGAAAGGAGUAGCGCUAAAAUCUGUCACAGCAUUCUUCACGUGGCUACGGGAGGCCGAAGAGGAGUCAGAGGAUAAUUAAAACUUAAAUACAGAGAGAGAGAAAAAAAAAAAAAAGGAAAAAAAAAAAGAAACAAUUUAAGUAUUUUUUUAAAAAGUUUCACGUCUUCGCCAAUCACAGUGCAGCAAGGCCAAUUCUCGCGCAGACCCCCCCUUCCCCCACACAUGCACGAGUGGGAGAGGUAAAAAUAGAUAAACACAAAGGUGAUCAUGGAGGAAAAAAGGUACUUGAAAAAAAAAAAAGUAAACUUCAAACCUGAGGGCGGGAGCACUAAACCAAAAUACAUGUAUUAUUUAUAGAAAAUAUUUUCUGUUUUAAUCUUUUUUUUUUCUUUUCUUUUUAAACAAGGACUCAUGCUUACAAAAACACAACGCGAAACAAAUCUGUUUAGCAAAAAAAAAAAAAGUUGAAAACUUUUAAUUUAUUAUUUUAAGGACUGCAAAUGCCAGUGUAAUUUUUAAAUUUGCAGUUUCUGUAAACAAAUUGUAUAAUAGAACAAAAGCAGAGAAAUAAAUUUCCCUCCCCUUCAUAUGCACCUCAGUUUUGUUUCAAAGCAUGAUAAAUAGACAAAACUUUCAAGGGGGUUGGGGUAAGCUAGAUGAGGAAGAGAUCAAUUUUUUUUUUUAAUUGUCGUCAGAUUUUUCUGCCUGCCUCUCAGCUUGCUUCAGAAAUUUAAAAAGAAAAUAGUAAUCAAAACGUACAUAACCUUGGAACGGAAGGAAAUGCAUUUGAGAAAACCGCUGCGGACCAGAGUGCUCCGAAAAUAACUCAUUCAAAACAGUGCUACCCUGGGGAAAAAGUACUAGUGAUACUUUCAGAACCUUUAGAGCAACUUUAAGGCUUGUAAAUACAUAGAACAAAUAUUUAAAAAAA